AUGCGGGGAAUGGUGGGGUUUCAACAGCAGACGCAAGUCGCCAGUAAUCAGAAGGUGGAAGUGUUCGUCGAUGGAACGAAGGUGUUGGUUGACCCCGGGACGACGGUAUUACAAGCUUGCUCUUUGGUUGGUGCGGAAAUCCCUCGAUUUUGCUACCAUGAACGUCUUUCGAUCGCUGGAAAUUGUCGGAUGUGUUUGGUUGAAGUGGAGCGGUCUGCAAAGCCCGUGGCUUCGUGCGCAAUGCCCGUUUACAAGGGCAUGAAAAUUAAAACCAACUCACCGAUGACGAAAAAGGCACGCGAGGGUGUUAUGGAAUUUUUGUUGGUAAAUCACCCAUUAGACUGUCCAAUUUGCGAUCAAGGUGGCGAGUGCGAUUUACAAGAUCAAAGCAUGGCUUUCGGCAGUGACAGGAGUCGCUUUACGGAUAAUGCAUACAGUGGCAAGAGGGCGGUCGAGAACAAAGAUUUAGGUCCUUUGGUUAAAACAAUCUUGACCCGUUGCAUCCAGUGCACUCGCUGUGUUAGAUUCAUCAACGAAAUCGCUGGUAUACCAGACCUUGGAACAACGGGCAGAGGAAACGAUCUGCAGAUUGGAACAUAUGUUGAUAAAUUUUUGGCCACUGAACUAUCCGGAAACAUAAUUGACCUGUGUCCCGUUGGAGCUCUCACUUCGAAGCCGUACGCGUUCGUGGCUAGACCAUGGGAAACGCGCAAAACCGAAAGCAUAGACGUAAUGGACGCCCUUGGUUCGAAUAUCGUCGUGUCUCACAGAACAGGCGAAGUCAUGAGAAUCAUCCCAAGGCAGCAUGAAGUAAAUCGCAGUUUCUGCACAUCGCUGAAUUUGUUGCUCACUGAAAGACUGCAUGCACGUACAGAACUGUAUCACAUACGAUUUCUGCUCUUCAUUUCCAGGACCUUCAUAGAGCCAGUAAAAUUUAAACAAGCGACUCUACAAAGCCACACGUUUCGAUGUUCAAAGACCAGUUUUUAUAUUAUGUUUCUUAAGUACUCCUUCACAUGA